AUGUUCGAGACGCCGCCUGCCCUGCGCCACGGAGCUGCCAUGUACUGCUUCAACCUGCGGGUUUUUUGGGACGCCGUCUUGCUGCUGCGCUUUUUGCCAACUUCGUGCCGGCAGGGUCCCUCAUUCUGCGUGCAUGCAUGCGCAUAUGCGUCCCUCCCUGGCGGGAGACACACUACACGCUACUACAUGCUACUGCCAGUGUCAUGUCCCAUUCGCCGACACCGAUGCCAACGGAUGUCCGGUUGCAUAUUGUAUGAUAAGGACGGACGUGGGGCAGGAAAACUUGCACGCCUGGUUACCGUACUCUGGCAAUGUCGGGAGGCAAGCACUCAGGGCCACGACUGCAUUACCCAAAUCUGCCGGGUCGACAGCGGCCCAACUCCAUUCCUGGUCGACUCGCAGGUUAACUUUAUUCCAGCUUCCUACAUCGGCGAAAUUGACUCCAUCCGCUGGACGGCCGUGUGCCGCAUGUCAGGCCCUCAACAGAAAUCACCAAUUGAAGCGUUCAGCCGACGCUGCCGCACUGCGAGUUGCUGUGACACGAGUCCCGGGGACCAGUCGGGUGGUUAUGACGAUGCGGUGGCGGCUGCGGUGGUGGCGGUGGCCGCUGGCUAUCACGGGCGCGAGACUAGUCCUCUGUCGUCUUCGCCCGAGGCACGCCUCCCGGGUUCCCAUGGCCGGCAGUCUGAAAGCCAUCCAGCUGCUAUGCGCCCUAUGACCGUCAGACCAGCGCUUACGAUCUAUCUGCAAUGGAUCGAUCCUAGACAAUCCGUUUUGGGGCUCCUGGAGGCCCAGAAAGCGCUGCCGGGGCAUCAUGCGCCCCCUAAACGUCGACCACGCAAUGUCUUGCAUGUGCUAGAUUCCACACCAAUCCUAUGCGUUUCGGUGCUUUUGAAUGGGUACAAAGCGAGAAGUCCUGUCAUCAUCAUCGGCCAACCUGAGGUCGAAGUCGGAGGUGCCCGCGCGUGA